CGCGCUUGAGCCCGUGUGUGUGUUUGCGUGCGCGUGCGUGCGUGCGUCCCGCUUGGCGGCAUGAAAUGAUCUGACUUGGGAGUCUUCUCCGUCACAACUACUUCACUCUGUCCGUCCUCCUGCUGGCUCCUGGCGACGCUUUCGGGAAUGUUGACCACGGCGACCUGAGCCCGACGCUGCCCCGCCGCCUUUCACCUCCACACGGCCGUAUAGCUUGGCUGGCUGACCCGAAUGUGAGGUUUGGCUUUAUCCAUCUUCCAGCAGGACUGUUUCAAGCAGAUUGUACGAAAUAACUGAACACAGAUCAUGGCUGUUGCUGGAUGUCCCGAUUAUUUCUUGCAUCAUCCCAAUUAUCAGCAGGACAAUAUAGACCGAUCGACCAAUCACAGACAAGCAAACAUCAUUGGGCCGGGCUUCGAACAAUCGACGAACAGAAAUUCACCGAACCAUCAAGAGGAUGAUGUGGAUUUAGAGGCCCUGGUAAAUGACAUGAACUCUUCCCUGGAAAGCCUCAAUUCCACCUGUAGUGCUCAGCAGACAGAGUCCACGCCGCUACUUCAAAACGGGCAGACCUCGGCUUCCUCCCAACAACACCACAACCAUCAUUACCCUCACACACACCACACCCAGCUGCGGCAGGGACACCAUUUGUCAAGUCAUGCCUCCCCUGAGCUUCCCUCCUCCACGUCCACAGACCGAUCCCAAGAGAGCCUACAACGGUCACAACCCAUGCACAUCCUGGCAGUCAGGAGGUUGCAGGAGGAGCAGCAGCUGAGGACGUCCUCUCUCCCAGCCAUUCCUAACCCUUUCCCUGAGCUUUGUAGUCCGGCCAGCUCACCUGUCCUUAGUCCUGGAUCACUACCUUCCGGAGAACCCCCCACUGGAAUAUAUGGAAAGAAUGUUGGCACGAAGCUCGGCACCAGGGCUAGAGAUGAAAGUUGGGGUGCUCGAGUGCUGCUCCAGAUUGUUAAAAUCUUCACAGAAGACGGCAUGUGCAAAGUGGUGGAGAUCCCAGCCGAUAUGACAGCCAGGGACCUUUGCCAGCUCCUGAUCUAUAAAAGCCAUUGUGUGGACGACAACAGUUGGUCACUUGUUGAGCACCACCCGCUGCUGGGGUUAGAACGCUGUCUGGAGGACCAUGAGUUGGUGGUUCAGGUUCAGGCUUCCAUGAGCAGCGACGGUAAAUUCCUCUUCAGGAAGAACUAUGCCAAAUAUGAAUUCUUCAGAGUUCCUCAGACAUUUUUCCCUGAGCACAUGGUUGCAUGGUGCCAGGAAACCAGUCGUCCGAUCCUACCAUCGCAGCUCCUGCAGAACUUCCUAGCAACCAGUAGUUGUCCUGAAAUCCAGGGUUAUUUGUAUGUGAAGGAGGUGGGCCGAAAGUCAUGGAAGAAAGUUUACAUGUUCCUGCGGCGCUCAGGACUCUACUGUUCUACAAAAGGAACAUCAAAGGAGCCCAGACAUCUCCAUUUACUAGCAGACCUUGAAGACAGUAACAUCUUCACUGUCAUCACAGGCAAAAAGCAGCACGGUGCACCCAAAGACUACGAGUUUUGUAUCAAGCCCAACAAAUGCAGAGGGGAGUUAAAGGAUUUAAGAAUUCUGUGCGCUGAAGAUGAACAAGGCAGGACAUGUUGGAUGACUGCGUUUAGAUUGUUUAAGUACGGGAUUAUAUUGUACCAAAAUUACAAGAUUCCCCAGCAAAGAAAAACCCUGCUUUCACACUUCUCAGCACCCGUGCGAAGUGUGUCUGAGAACUCCCUUGUGGCAAUGGAUUUUUCGGGAACAAUAGGCCGGGUAAUCGACAACCCUGUGGAAGCUCAGAGCGCCGCCAUGGAGGAGGGACAUGCGUGGAGGAGGAAUCAUCGAAUGAACAUCUUGGGCUCCCACAGUCCACUGCAUCACCCCUCACUAAACUCUGUCAUCCACCUCGCCCAGCUGUGGUUCCACGGCAGAAUAACCAGAGAAGAAUCCCAUCGCAUUAUCCACCAACAGGGUCAAGUAGACGGUCUGUUUCUGCUGCGAGUCAGUCAGAGUAACCCGAAGGCUUUUGUGCUUACUUUGUGCCAUCACCAGAAAAUCAAACAUUUCCAGAUUCUACCGUGUGAGGAGGACGGCCAAUCCUUCUUCAGCCUUGACGACGGUGCCACCAAAUUCACCGACCUGAUCCAGUUGGUGGAGUUUUAUCAGCUCAACAGAGGAGUCCUGCCUUGUAAACUCAAACACCCGUGCACCGUCGUGGCCUUAUGACACCUUCGGAUCACCUGACCCCGCCCUCGCCCCCAUCACUUGACCUGACUCUGACCCAGAACAGAACGAAUGUUUAUAUUGGUCGAUUUUUUUUUUUUAAGAAGUUGACAAAUUGACUCAUGUUUCAUCGCUGUUGUUGUUUUUUAUUUUUUGAAGAGUCGGCCAGAUACUGCUGAUUUAUUGGAUUCUUUUUGGGGUGCUGUGGAUGUUGUGAAGUCCAACGCACACGUCGGUCAAGACAGGGAAUGGAAGUGAACACAGCCUUUUGUGUCGUCAUUUAGCUCGGACUCACUGACCCUCCAAGGUUUUUAAUCUUGCAGACGAUGAAUUCUGGCACGGAUCACUUUGCUGUCUCAGAACCGGAGUCUUGUUGGACCUUCUCUCCACUUCUCCUGCAUUGAUUGUCGCUUAGUUUUGCACUCAUCCAAAUGGGCGUGGCCUUUCCAAGGGGUGCUGGACUUCUCUGUCGUUGGAUUGCUUUUUACUGUGAGAUGUACGCCACCGCCCUCUAGUGUCUGAGGCGUGUAAAGACAACUAAACUCAAAAACGCUGGCGCGUGUGAAUCCUCUGAAGUAUGGAGAAGUCCACGGAUGGUAUGGGAGGACGUGGUUUAUUGAACACUUUGGGGGGAAAACAAAUAUUUUUUUAUCAGCAGACAUUACAGGAUAUGUUUUGUCUUCACUUGUUUGCAAAGAGUUUUCUUUCGGCGCCACCGGUUUGCUGAAUAUGUUUGACUCUUCCAGUUCCAGUUCAUCACACUGCCAUACUGUUUUUCAGAAUGAUGUAAGAAAUAAAACUAAAUUUAUUUUUCA